CUCUAUGAUCGUUUUCUGAAACGUACAUUUAUAUUUUGAGCUUUGUGGAUUAGCGAGGUCUUUCCUCGCUUGGAAAUUCCAAACUACUGGCUUCUGGACAUAAAAAUUCCCAGGAAUGUUGCUAAACCUGUGGAUUCCCCAUCACAAAAAGACUUCCGCCGAGAGAGGGAGCCGCAACGAUCACAGCAAUAAUAAAAGCGAAAAUAGGAAGACUCGUGCAACGCCGCGUUUUGCAGAGAGAAAGAGAGCGCGUUGGGGAACUUCUCGGCGAAAUAACUGACGUCUUGGCACCGGAAAAUGGAAGACAUAUUUAAAAAAAAGGAGUUUGUCAGUGUUUGGGUUCGGGACCCAAGGGUACAAAAAGAAGAUUCCUGGCACUCUUUCAUUGAUUAUGAAAUAUGCCUUCAUACAAAUAGCAUGUGCUUUAGAAAGAAGACAACAUGUGUUAGAAGAAGAUAUAAAGAAUUUGUGUGGCUGAGACAGAGGCUUCAGGAUAAUGCCCUUUUAAUAGAAUUACCAGAUCUGCCUCCAAAGAAACCAUUUUUCAGCUUGAGCAAUAAGCAACAAUUAGAAGAAAGAAUUAAAGGUCUGCAACAGUUUCUUGAAAAAAUUUUACAAAAUACUUCUCUGCUGUCCGAUAGUCGACUACACUUGUUUCUUCAGUCUCCGCUUAGCCCUAAAAACAUUGAGGCAUGUGCUUCUGGGCAGACAAAGUACAGUGUGGCAGAUGCCAUCCAGAGAUAUGCCUGCUCAAGCAGACGAUUCCCAGUGGAAACAGAAUAUGAAGAGCAAAGCAAAACCUAUUCAGACUCUGACUCCGAGAGUUCAUCCUCGGGGCUAGGACACAGCAGCGAUGACAACACUUUUCAAGACUGCAAAACAAAAUUGUCUGAAAGGGAAACUGUUUAGUUGGCCACCAUGUUUGCCAUCUGAAGUAUAGUACUCUAAACAUUGCUCCAAAAUGAGCAAAUCUAGAAACUGCCCAUUAGUGAAAUUCCUGAACUGGCUAUAGUGCUGCUAAUAGUAAUAAAAAAUAUGUUAACUAGACACUGGUGGUAAUAUGAGAUCCUUUUAUAUUUUUGAAUGUAUUAUUUUUGAGCACAGCUUGUAUUUAAAUAUUUGAGUUUAACUUUUUAUAACAAAAAAAGCUACCAGGGCAUAAUUGUUCACCUCAUAAAAACAGUCUUUUUAUAAAUAAUAACAAUGAAACUCUGAUGUCUGAUUAUAGUUUGCCCAUUUAAAUGUCAACACUUUUUUGUCCUACAAAUUUAAUGAGUGGUUUACACAUCACACUUAUAAAAACAGAUAUGUGGAAAGAAGGUUUCUCAAAGAAAGUUAAUGUGAUGGUAUGGACUUUUGCUAUUUUGUUAUUUUAUGACACUGUGACAUUUUUUUAAUACUGCAUUUUUCAACAUACUAAUUUCAUAACUUAUGAGAAAGUAAUCUUUAGUCAUACAAAUGAAAUAUUUAUAAAAUUGUACAUUUGUAAAAUACUGUCCUAUAGAGAAUACAAUUUUGUUAAUCGAAUCUACAGUAAAGACUUGAAUGUUAAAAUGUCAGACAGUAUGAUGUAAUUUUUCAGCUUGGUUUCUGAAGGUGACUAAUUUAUUUCAUGUGUUGUAGCAUAUAUGAAUAUUUGAUGUACAUGAUCUUUUUAACAAUAUACUACUGUAAGGUUAUUUUUGUAAGUGUAUAUAUGUUUCAGGUCAACAUUUGCAUACUGUUCAAUUCAAUUAAAUGCAAUAUAAAAUUUACCUUAAUAAAUGUACUUGUAAGUAAA